CAUACAAACACUGUCAGUCUCUCGGAUGUCCGUCCCCUUUGACUGGAUUGGGAGGAUAACAGGAAAAACCCCAGCCCUCUCCCACAGAGCCUCAGCAAGUGACAGCUACUUCCUGCAGGCAAGCAGAGCUGCCUGAAGCCAGCAGCAGCAGCAGCGCCUGCUCCACAAAGCUGCCUCUGCAGCCUCCUGGCAGCUAACAGCUCCAUCCACAGGCUCCCCAGGACAGGUGCUCCCAAGAGAAAUCCAGACACUAGUUGGCCCUCAUGUCAGUCAUACCCAGCCCCAGACCCGUCUCCACCUUUGCACCCGACAAUGAUUUUAGAGACAUCCACAACUGGACGGAGCUGCUCCACCUCUUCAACCAGACCUUUACCGAUUGCCACAUAGAAUUCGAUGAGAACACCAAACAAGUGGUCCUUUUCGUCUUCUACCUGGCCAUCUUCGUGGUAGGGUUAGUGGAGAACGUCCUGGUGAUAUGUGUCAACUGCCGCCGUUCAGGCCGGGUGGGGAUGCUGAACCUGUACAUUCUCAACAUGGCCAUCGCAGACCUGGGCAUCAUCCUGUCUCUGCCUGUUUGGAUGCUGGAGGUCAUGCUGGAGUACACUUGGCUCUGGGGCAGCUUCUCCUGUCGCUUCAUUCAUUAUUUCUACCUUGUCAACAUGUACAGCAGCAUCUUCUUCCUGACGUGCCUCAGCAUUGACCGCUACGUCACCCUCACCAACACCUCUCCCUCCUGGCAGCACCACCAGCACCGAAUACGGAGGGCCGUGUGCGCAGGCGUCUGGGUCCUCUCGGCCAUUAUCCCACUGCCUGAGGUGGUGCACAUCCAGCUGUUGGAUGGCUCCGAGCCCAUGUGCCUCUUCCUAGCACCUUUUGAAACAUACAGCGCCUGGGCCCUGGCAGUGGCCCUGUCGGCUACCAUCCUGGGCUUCCUACUGCCUUUUCUUCUCAUCGCAGUGUUCAAUAUCCUGUCAGCCUGCCGGCUUCGGAGGCAAGGGCAGACGGAGAGCAGACGCCACUGCCUGUUGAUGUGUGCUUACAUAGUUGUCUUUGCCAUCUGCUGGCUGCCCUACCAAGUGACUAUGCUGCUGCUCACUCUGCACGGGACCCACAUCUUCCUCCACUGUCACCUGGUUAACCUUCUCUACUUUUUCUACGAAAUCAUCGACUGCUUUUCCAUGCUGCACUGUGUGGCCAACCCCAUCCUCUACAACUUUCUCAGCCCGAGCUUCCGGGGCCGACUGCUGAGCCUUGUGGUCCGUUACCUUCCCAAGGAGCAGGCCAGGGCAGCAGGUGGUCGAGCCUCCUCUUUUUCUUCCACCCAGCACUCCAUCAUCAUUACCAAAGAGGGCAGCCUGCCCGCUGCAGCGGAUCUCCACACCCACCCCACCCGAAACGUUCAGGUGUCCUCUCCGCCUCCAAACACCUCACCUACACUCUGUAAUUCCGUAGCCAGCUAAGGUAGACUCUAGCUUCCUCCACCAAUAAGAAAGUUCAGAGGGGGAUGGGAGAGGUCUGUGGGAGGGGGUGGGAAGGACUGGCUUGUUCAGGGCCAAUUUAAGUAUAUCAAAAUGUUGCUGUAGGGAGAGGAAAACGGUUCGGGAAGGACAGAGAAUGGAUCUUUCCUUGAUAGUAUACUAUUUGUUUGGGUACUGAUGUCUAAGGGAGCCACACCAGUGGGGCGUGGUGGGGUGGGAAAGCGAAAUAAAUAAAUCAUAGAGACACCCGUGCUGGGAAUCUCUGAGAAGUGUGUACUUCCAGCUGGGUUGAGGAAGGCAGGGAGGCUAAGGGAUGCUCUGCAGAGGGAACUAGUUGCCCUUGUUUCAUAAAUCACCCUGGCCGGAAGGGGAAAAAAAAAAAAAGAGCCCCACAGGAACCUUGCAAAACAUUCCCUUUGUGUUUGUCUGCUUGUUGAUAUUCCAAGUUGUGGGGACAAGAGGCCAGAGGCCAAGGACCUGGGAGGCCUCUGCAGGACGUUCCCUAGCUGUGGGAGUUUGAUAAAUCAAGGGGGUGGGGAUUACAGCCAGCAAGCUGGGUUGUGGGCAGGCACCCGGCAGCUGGCUCAGCAGGAUGGAUCCUCCACCCAGGCAUCCAGGAAAUGUGGCUCUAUUUCCCUGUGGUAUCCUCCCUCCCCCCUCCCCCCCCUCCAUCCUGCUCCUUCUCCCCCAAAGCAGGGGCCUCCUCACAGAUGAUCUCUCUCUUCUAGGGAGACAGCCACCAGUGAUCCCACCCCCACCUUCUCUCUCCAGAUCAGGGCAAAUAUCAGGGGACAUCCAUUCUGAGAACACUCUGGGGGCUACUGCAGGUACUCUACCUCCCACACAGGAAGAGGGGAGGUCAAAGGCUGAUUUCUAGAACACUAUAGUGAGUUCUCUCUAGUCAAGCCUUUCCAUAGCUCCCCUGCCUGGCAGUUUGUCUACUAAAACUACAGGAAGAAAAGAUGUCCUCUUGUUAACAGGUGGGUCCUCUGGCAAAGGUUCAUUUACCAGACUCACAUAUGCACAAAAGCUUCAGACUGUAGCAUCUGCCUUCUGUGUCCGUGGCCUCUGGAAACCAUUUGGAGGGCGAUGGAUUUGCAGACCCAGUCUGCUCUGGUAAAUGGGUGUCCCUGUACUUUCCUCUGAUCUCUGUCUUCCUGGUUCUCCAACCAGCAGUACACCUAGAAUGUGUGUGUGUGUGUGUGUAACUAUAGACCAAACCUAAAGACCAAUGGCAGAUGUCUUCCUCAAUGGCUUCCAUCUUCUAUUCUGAGAACCUCAAGUUCACCAGCUGGCUGGCCAGCAAGUUCCAGGGACCAACCUGUUACCCAUUGCCCUCAAUCACUAAGGUUACAAAUAAAUAUCGCCACCAUGGGUGCUCAUGAGUGUGGCAGACACUUUAAUGUCAGAACCACCUUGCUAACCUCCUGGAAGGCUUUAACAACUACUUAACCAGAAACCCCUUUUGCUUUCAGAAACCUCACCCUCUGCUUACCAAAUCCCCCACAAGCUCCAUGGUGGGUGCACCCUGGGUCUAUCAGACAUGAAGAGGGAAAUCAGUACUAACUGCUCAAUGGCUAAGCUAAGAGGGUCUUGAGUCCUGGACUGCCACUCAGUGGCACAGCUGAAGGCUUACUGACCCAGAAGUCUUACUUGCUGCUGAAAGUACAGUAGAAAUUUAACCAAAUAAUGCAGAAAUUGCACUAAAAAGACCUUCUUCGCUCGUCUCCACUUACAGUGCAAGCUAAGCCUUGAUGCCUGUAUGUCUGAUGUGAGCUCUGGUAUACAUCUUAUACAUAGGUGAUCUCAGAAGCCUCGUGCCUGAGACCAUGCAUCACCAAAUGAACCUCCUGAGGGCCUGUGCCCCCAUGGAAGGGAUAGACAGAUACACUGACUACAAGGCCCUUCUGCUCAGCAGGCAUUUACCAGUGUCAACAGAUGACUGGCCAGGCUUUGGGCCUCUGAGACCUAAUGGACCAUAGGUCUGUGUUCUCUGAGUGAGAAUACUAGUUUCUACCUAACAAAAUGAUGCUGAGCCUCUGCCUCCUGGUUGUGGGUUCUUUCCCCUCUCCAUCUGCCUCCGACUCAGACGCACCGCUCUACCAUGAAGUGGUCAGCAAGAACCCUUGCUUCCUAGCUCUGGGCUGAGACGGCUGCAGAGGUCCACUGUUCUCUACAGGCUGACAGAUCAAUCACUUCAGAGGUUUUUCCCUGAAACACUGAGUCUUUGUCAUAAUUUCUCACUAAAACCAGUCAGCAAAGCCCGUCCUAGGGAAUCCCAGUCCCAGGAAAACACUGUGUGGUGCCUGAAAGAGUCCAGGCAUCUGCUGGGCUGGUGCAAGCUCCUGAAGCAAGCCGGAGCGAGCCGGAAUGAGCUGGAGCAAGCCAGCUGUCUGAACUGAGGGUCCGUGGGAAAGGAACUUACUUCAAAUUUCUUUUUCUUUUUUUUUUUCUCUGUCUGUUUCUUUUUUUAUUCUAAAUAAAAACCACACUUUGUGCUGAACAA